CGCUGUCAUGAGAAGUCGAAAUUUGUUGUGUUGUGUAAUACUUUCACUACUUCUGCCACAUUCAUGCCGUGCAGAUCCGUCGCAGAAUGAUUCUUCUAUAUCCUUCAAUCGUGCUAAGCGCUUAUCCGACGCCCAAUUUAACGAAGAGACCUUACGAUUGUCGAAUUAUGUAGUAUCCAUUAGGACGCGAACUGCGUUGAAGUAUUUUGGAGACAAUCAUUUCUGUACUGGGGUUAUCCUGUCUCCACUGUAUGUUUUGACCUCCUCGCACUGCCUGAUUAACAAACGAAGGAUUAAGUAUGCCAGUCGAAUGCUGCUCAUUGUUGCUGCCUCUGUCAACAGACUCAAAUAUAUUAAGCACAGGACCUUUGUAACUCCUGUACAGAAUAUAAUUUUGCCUGACAACUUUACAAUGGUCAAUAAACAGGAUAUCGGACUAUUAAAGUUGAAGCAACCACUGCCAAGGAACAAUAAGUACAUUUCUGUGGCUAGGUUGCCCCAACAUCCUCCUGAACCUGGUACCCUAUGUUUGGUCAUGGGCUGGGGACGAAUGUUUCUAGCCGGUCCGCUUGCCUCGUACAUGCUCCAUAUCGACGUGAAGAUUAUAGACUCCCUCAAGUGCGCCGAACUUCUGAAGGUCCCAAUAUUUGACCUCCUUUGCGCCAUAGACGACAACAAUUUGACGGCACAACAACCGUGCGUCGGCGACUGGGGGUCUCCACUGAUGCACGAAAAUACGGUCUACGGGAUCGUGAGUAUUCUGGUGGGUUGUGGCUCCGCCGACCUGCCAUCUGUGUACACCGAUGUGUAUAAGAACUCGGAUUGGAUCCAGGCGAAAAUAAGCGACGAUGCGGGCAGCACUUUCUCUGCACCUCUUUUAUUAGUGUAUUUUUAUAUAAUGCUUAUUUAAAUUGAGUAAUUUUUACUUUUUAUAAUGUGUACCAAAUUUAACAGACAAACUUUUUAACUUUUGAUAGCAUAGAAUAGAACAGAUGUUCCAUUACGAAAUUAAAGUAAUUUACAAUUUUCAAGUA